GUCUUUUCUUACUGUACGUCGUAGCUUGAAUUACGUGUUUUCUUAGCUUUGGUUGCCGAAUUACCCCAAUAACAGAUAAAAUUAUUUAAAAUAUUAUAUUCAACCCUUAAGCGGUGUUGUAAAGUUUCUUAUUUUGGGUGCCUAUAGCAAAGUUGCAAUCUGAAUUCAUUAUUGUAUUGUGUUCGUUGUGUUAUCGUUGAGUUUUGUUGGUUGUACAUUUGGAUUAUUUUUUUAUUUGAGAAUCUUUGAACUUGGAUAAAUAUUUCAUUUUUAAGAAAUGGCUGGAAUUAAGUGUGUUUAUUUUAAGUGUGGACUAAGUAAGAGAUCAGAUCCCACAAUUAAAAUGUACCGAUUUCCUAUGAAUGACUUUACCAGAUGUCAAAAAUGGAUCAUAUACUCGGGUAAUGCUGCUUUGGCAAACCUAAGCCAGAAAUCACUAACAAAUAAGCUGAUCUGCAGAAACAUUUCAGUGAAAAUAUUAGUCAAUCUAAAAGAUUGCCUACCUGCUGUACCAUUCCGCUACAAAAAUGAUGAAGGUUCAGAAAGUGAAUCGCAUAGGGAAAAUUUGGAUGAACAAAUAAUCCAAUUGAAUGUUUCCUCACAUUCACAAACAUAUUCAAAUAGUGAUUCUAUUGCCCCGAUUCAUUCCAAAAACAUUGACAUGACAGAUAGUUCUAUCAGUAACCAUGAAGAUGAAGAUUGGUUGAAGGAGGUACAGAACCUUCCAUCUUGUUCUAUGGGAAUUGGAGGUAGGAAGCAGUCAUUGCAAGAAGAAAAUGAACGGUUGAGAAAGGAACUAACCAAUGCUAGGAAAAAAGUCAAUAACCUGAAUACUCAAUUGAGAGCUACAAAAAAAAAAAGGAUUAUGAACACGCAACUCUCUGCGAACGUUUUGUAUGGACAAGGAACUCUCACCAAUUUUACAAAAUCUCUUGUGAAUAUGCAAUUACGACAUAAGAUGAAAUCCCCAUGGUUACUAUCUGAAAAGAAAACUGCCCUGUCAUUAUUUUAUAAAGUACCUAAGACCUACAAAUAUUUGCGACAAAAGGGUUUAUUUUGCCAGCAAUAGCAACAGUGAAAUCAUGGGUUACCAAUUUCCGUUUGCAAACCUGGAUUCAAUAAAAAGAUUUUUAUGCACUUUACUUUAAAGGCGGAUACGAUGCUGCCUUACGAGAAGAAAUGUAUUCUGAUGUUCGACGAAAUGUCUAUUAAGAGGAAUCUUGAGUACAACAUAAAAACAGAUUUAAUUGAGGGUUUCGAAGAUUUGGGCGAAUUUUGAAGACAGCCUUUCCCUACCAGUGAAGCUCUAGUUCUCAUGAUCAGAGGAAUCUAUAGCAACUGGAAAAUUCCUUUUGCCUACUUUGUAUCGAAUGGUGGAGUGUCAUAUGCUUCUUUAUGGUGUAUAAUUUAUCAACUACCAAUCAGAAACUCAUAAAGCAUUUGGGGGUUAACAAAAACCAACCUUAUUUUUUUCAUAACGAGAAAAAAAUUAUGCUUUUUUUGAUGCUCCUUCCUCCUAUGAAUGUUUCAAAAAUACCGAGGUUCUGAAAUCACAAAUUCAUAUUAAUUCAGUCACUAAAGGAAAGUAAGUAUAUAUAUUUUAUAUACCUUUGUGCAAGGAUCCUUCUUUCUAUCCCAAAUUUAAGUGAUUAACAGAUUAAUGAAAAAUUAUGUGUUUCAUUUGCUAGUGCUACACGAACUCAUUACAAAAAUCUUUUUUUAUACAUUGAAAUUGGAGACAAAUAAUUAGUACUGAGAUUAAGUUUAUUUUCGGUUCGAGAUGAAUACAUGCUAUAACAUUAUUGUUGAAAAUAGUGCUGUUUAUUUCAGAUGACACUAAGCUACGGGUCAUUUUUAUGUAGAACGAGCGUAAAAGUAACUAGAUUGAUAAUUAUUUUCUUUCAAUCCAGUUUUUGCUUUUUGAAUAGCUAAACAUCCAAAUUCAGGAUCUGAUACUUGGAUAGAUCUAUCAGCCAAACUUAUUAUCACUGAUCUUUUUUGAGACAUAGGAUAACACGAAUUGAAGUUUAAAUAUCUUGAGAGCCAAGUUGGUUUCGUAUACCAUUCUGUUCUUAUUGUUAAUUUUAUAUAAUGUGACAUCAAGAAAAUUUAUUAUAUUACUUUGAUCAACCUCGAUUGUGAAUUGAAGUUUUUUAUGAUAAGAAUUGAAUUCUUUAUUUAUGUUUUAAAUUUGAUUGCUUGGAAAGGAAUGGAAUAUUUACAUCAAGUUUGCUUAGGACAGUUUCCUCAAGAUCUUCCAUUACCAAUUGUGCUAUAACAGUUGAAAUGGAAGCCCCCAUAGCACAUCAUCAAUUUAUUUGUAUAUUUCAUUUUCAUAUUUGAAAUAUGUUGUUGUAAGUGUGAGUUCUGUAGCUUUUAUAAAUUCAAUUUGAGGUAUUUCUGCAUAUUUUUCAAUUUAGUCCCAUUUUCUCAUUAAUAUAUUUUUCACGAUGGGAAUAGGAAUAUUUGUAUAUAAAGAAACCACAUCUAACGGAAUAUAUACAUAUCAUAAGGAAUUUUGAUACUUUUAAUUUUUUCUUUGAAAUCCCAUGUGUUUUUGAUAUAGUAUUUAUUUUAAUAUAAAAUUUUCUAAAAAAUAUUUUUCAAAUAAUUAGACAAUGGAGUGAGAGGAGUUUGAAUGCUUGAAACAAUCGGUCGAAUGGGAAUGUCAGUUUUGUGAAGUUUUAGUAAACCAUAUAUUUUUGGGGGUAAGGCAAUGUGAAUUUUUUGCGUCUGAUGGCUUAAUAAAAAGUUGUUCUUCCCAAGAUCGUAUUAGAUCAUUAUUUUGUUUUUGAUAAGAAUUCGUAGGAUCUUGCUUAAUUUGCUUGUAAGUUGUCUUAUCGUUCAAUAAUUCCAUCAUUUUAUUAUCAUAAUCUUCUGAUUUCAUGAUAACAGUUUUAUUAGAUUUAUCUGCUUUAAAAAUUUUCCGAAUUUCAUUUUUAUUUAUGAAUUCUUUGGAUUUAGUUAUAUUUUGAGGUUUGAUUUUAUUUGGUUCUUGUUUUUCAAUUUAUUUUUGAAACUAGUGAUAAUAUUACAAGUGUCAGAUUUUAUUUUAGUUUAAAUUUCGUUAUUUAGAUGAUUGGUGUGCAUUCAAUAUUACAUCAUUUUCUUGAUGUUACAUUAUAUAAAAUUAACAAUAAGAUAAGAACUGAAGGGAAUACAAAGCCAACUUGGCCCUCAAGAUAUUUGAACUUCAAUUCGUGUUAUCCUAUGCCACAAAAAAGAUCAGUGGUAAUAAGUUUGGCUGAUAGAUCUAUCCAACUAUCAGAUCCUGAAUUUAAAUGCUUAGCUAUUCAAAAAGCAAAAACUGCAUUGAAAGAAAAUAAUUAUUCGGAAAAAAUGAUAAAUAACAUAUUCAAGACAAGGAUAAACAGAUACUACAAUCAAUUUAAAAACAAAACAGAAACGAAACAUCAAAACAUAAAACAUUUUUCCUUAUCAUAUAUACAAGGACUUUCCCAACAAUUAUCGAAUUAUUUCAAUAAAUAUGAUAUUAGUAUAAGUCAUAAAGGACAUAAUACAUUAACCAAAUAUUUCAGUAAAUUAAAAUCUAAAACACCAAAAAACAAAA